AUGGCCGACGUGGAGCAACUCGUGAGGGGACUGGCUUUGAGCACGGCUCCGACGACCCGAGAAUCGUCCCUUGCCGGACGCCUGGUGCCGCUGUGGGUGAUCCUCGGCCUGGUGUCGCUCGUCGUGCUCGUCAUGCUUCUGGUCAGGUUGUACGCCGAGCUCACGGUGGGAAAGUGCAAGUCAUCGGUGGACAUGUCCGGAAAGACGGUCAUCAUCACCGGUUCCAACACGGGAAUCGGCAAGGAGACGGCGAGGGAGUUGGCCAGGAGGAAUGCCAGAGUGAUCCUGGCAUGCCGAAACCAGGACAAGGCUCGGGACGCUGCCGACGACAUCUUCAAGACCACGGGCAGGCACGUGGUCUGCAUGCAGCUAGACCUGUGCUCCUUUGAUUCAGUGCGGGACUUCGCGAGCAAGGUGAUCGCCUCCGAAGAGCGCCUGGAUGUUCUCAUCAAUAACGCCGGCAUGAUGUCUCCUCCAAACCGCGAGGAGACGAAGGAUGGAUUUGAGGUCACCUUCCAGGCUAAUCACCUCGGGCAUUUUUUACUGACGCACCUUCUACUGGACCUGUUGAAGAGAAGCCAGCCCAGCCGCAUCGUGGUAGUGGGCUCCGUGGGGCAGACGCUGGGCCGGUUGGACAUUAAUGACCUCAGUUUCGGGGAGUACUGGUUCCCGCUUCUCAACUACUGCACCACCAAGCAGUGCAACAUGCUCUUCACCGUCGAGCUCAGUCGGAGACUCCAAGGCACCGGAGUGACCGUGAACUGCUGCCAUCCAGGCUACGUACGGUCGGACAUCGCCAACCGCAGCGAAGAUAUCCAAACCUGGCUCUUCAACCGACUUCUCGACGCCUAUGGCAAGAACGUUAAGCAGGGAUCCGAAACGACCGUUUACCUGGCUGUUUCCGAAGACGUAGAGACCAUCAGCGGUAAGUAUUUUUCGGACUGCAAGAAGUCUUUCGCCGUCCCUUGGGCCACCGACCGGAUCAAGGCAAAACAACUCUGGGAAGAAUCGCUGAAGAUGACCAAGGUCAAAGAAGCGGUGUGA